UGCUUGGCGGCGAGGAGCGAGGUUACGCGGAGAGGCCUGACGAGACAGGACUCGGGUCGGCGGUGCCGGCCUGGGUUUUGUGGUUGAGACUGAGUCUCCACCACUGAGCCCAGGAAGAUGGUGCUGGGUGGUUGCCCGGUGAGCUACUUACUUUUGUGCGGCCAGGCGGCUUUACUGCUGGGGAAUCUACUUCUGCUGCACUGUGUUUCUCGGAGUCACUCGUACAAUGCUACAGCAGAGCUCGAGCUCACAUCCGCUGGUGCCACCCACCCAGAGGGCUCCGCGGGUGCUCCAACCUGGGAAUAUGGCGACCCCCACUCUCCAGUCAUCCUUUGCUCUUACCUACCUGAUGAAUUUAUAGAAUGUGAAGACCCAGUGGAUCAUGUUGGAAAUGCAACUGCAUCCCAGGAACUUGGUUAUGGUUGUCUGAAGUUUGGAGGUCAGGCCUACAGUGAUGUGGAGCACACUUCAGUCCAGUGCCGGGCCCUAGAUGGAAUUGAGUGUGCCAGUCCUAGGACCUUCCUACGAGAGAAUAAGCCUUGUAUAAAGUAUACUGGCCACUACUUCAUAACCACUUUACUCUACUCCUUCUUCCUGGGAUGUUUCGGAGUAGAUCGUUUCUGUCUGGGACACACAGGCACAGCAGUCGGGAAGCUGUUGACACUUGGAGGACUUGGGAUUUGGUGGUUCGUUGACCUUAUUUUGCUUAUCACCGGAGGGCUGAUGCCAAGUGAUGGUAGCAACUGGUGCACUAUUUACUAAAAAGAGCUGCUGUUACUGCCCAGGGAAUCAAGUGAAUGCUCUUUCUUCUGAAUUCAUCUCUACAGGCUCAAGAAUUCUUCUUUGAUAUAAGACCUGAACAUUAUUUUCCCUCUUUGAAGGGAAUGGGUUUGAUUAAGAAGGAUUCUCUGGACUUUCAACCUGAAUCUUACCUUGCAGACUAGAAAUGACAAACAGUGUUGUGGGAAUCAAAUUUGUACCUUUCCUCAUGUACAAAAUAUAAAGGAUAGUGUCUAACUUAUAAGCUACAUAUGGUUUUCUAUACUCUUUAUUUCUGUAUGUUGCUGUCUUCAGUCCUUUAAAGCAGGUGGACCCAACAAGAUGAGCAAAAUGAAUAUUUUUAUCCAUGUGCCUUUUCUGACCCUGAAUCUUCUUGCAGAGAAGAUCCAAAGCUGAGCCAAUGACAAUCUUGAGCAGAAGUAGAAAUGACUGCAGAUUUUAAAACCCUGAAAUCCGUACUUUCUGAAUUUAAAUUAUAGAAUAAAUUUUGCCAACAUGGAAGUGCAUGAGUAUUUUCAGUAGAGAGCAUGGAACUCAAAAUUUUGUUUUGCUGAAAGCUAAGCAUCUGAAAUGAAUCACCCUAUGAAUAAGUCCUAUUGUGAACCAUUAUUAUGUUCUGAAAACAGUAUAUGCAGUGCAGUAAUUUCUUCAUUCUAAUCAUGUUUUCAAAGCCAGCAAUAUCAGACAUGGCAAAACUGUCCUAUGUAAGAAACUAAUUUUUGCCAGUUUAUGGAAUCCUUGUUGUAGGCUGAUAAAAUAGAUUUCAUACAAGUAACUGUAAAACUCUUCACAAUUAGGUAAGAUAAAAUGAGGAACCCCAUGACCUUGAAAAGAAAAACACAUUCCUACUUAAAGGAUAUUGAACACUGGGGUAGAAUGUGAUUUGUAGGGUCAAGGAAAUCUGAACAUAUUCUGUCAAAAUAAACAUGAUAGUAAAAGCUUUCGCAGUGGGCUAUAGCAAUCAAAAAGGGAUAUAGUCAAACUUUUGCAUUCACAAACCACUAGGAAUAAAAGGAAAUGCUCUGAAUUUUAAGUGUUUUUCCAAAUUCAAUUCCUGUCCUUUGCAAUUUAAUUUGAACUGUUAAAUAGAAAAUAAAAGUGUGGGCAAGUGCCUGCUCUUCAGAGUAACACAGAUUCUAGAAACAAUCGAGGUAGAACUACUCAAAGUUUACUCUGAUACAAAACUGACUUAAAGACCAAGAAUCAGUUAAAAUAACUUCCCAGAAAUGUUGUUCAUCUUGUAGCAGUUUUCCUAAAGUUUCUGCUUUCUUAACCCUGAUUAAUAUGAUUACUGUUCUUAUAUUACUAGUGGUGGCCAUUGUGUAAAAUAUUAUAUUAUUUUGUUCUGUCUUUAAAAUUCUGUACCACACUGCCUUAACUUUGCUUAAAAUAGUAAUAAUUGUCAUAUUCUCAAUUCAUAAUCUCUGUACCCUAAGGCAGUAUUUUCUAAUUGUGGAUCUUGAAGAAACUGGAUCCACAAACACCUAUGAAAUGUUGUAUAAAAUUUAAGAGGGUUGAAGAAUGCCAUAUUAAAAAUAUCAUUUCUGGGCUUUAGCUCCAUUGGCUAGCAUGCAUGAGUCCCUGGGUUCAAUCUUCAGCCACAAAACGAAAAACAACAACAAAAUCAUUUUCAGGGGAAAUCUGAAAAACAAACUGAAAAUCUUACCCAAAAGAAGAUAUUGGUUUAAGAUCUAAGUCCUAAUUUCACACUUUUAUUUUCUUUAGUCUCCCUACAGACGUUUGCAAUGCCAAGACUAGAAAUCAUAAAUGUGGUAAGGACAUAUAACAACUUGAAUAAAAAACUAAGUCUGCAAAUUAUUGAAGAAACUAUUUCAUAAAAGAAGCUGUUCUCACAGAAAUGCUAUUGGAGGCCAAAAUUGUUUCUACUGCUAAAGUGAUAAUUCAAGACUCAUUAGUAAUAUUCAUGUGUGACAAUCUGCCAUAAUCAGUUUCAGUUUGACUUCUAAGUAAUGCCCCUCCUUAUCCAUAAACCCUGACCAAAUAUGAUACAACCUGGAAAAUUGGCUGAGUAAAGAAAAGGAGUGGGUUGGGGAGAUAGCUCAGCUGGUAGAGUGCUUGCCUCGUAAGCACAAGGCCCUGAGUUCGAUCCCCAGUACCAAAAAAAAAAAAAAAAAAAAAAAGAGCUUCAAGAAAAGGAGUAUCAGUAAAUAUGUGAUUGCCUUCA